AUGCCCCGAUGGGGAAGACCACCAGGGGUGCGAAUGGGAAAUCAGGCUCGACGGCGAGCUACUCAGUGGGAGGAUUUCGAUGGUGUACGCUUUGAGGAGAUUGAUGUGGAGGAUGAUGAUGGUGGGGUAAACUUGGCAGAGUCUCAGUUCAAUAAUUUACAGCGAUAUGGGAGUAGUGGGAAGGCGAGUGCACGCGAGUUGCGACUUAGAAGCAAUGGAUAUGACUACGAAAGUGAGGGUUCUGGUGGAGAGGACUACGAUUUGAAUGAUGAUGCAGACAGUACCGUUGCCUUUGCAGUGCAAUUGGCUAUGCGAGAGAAAGAGGAUAAACUGGUAGAGAAAGCCCUGGAUCGCAUUAGACGGGCUCAGAUGCUAGGCAAGAAAAAUGUUAAGCUGUCUCAAGAAGAGCGGGCUGCCCUGGAACGGCGACGCAACCAGGCACCCAACAAAAAUUCCUCCAGCUCAAAAACAACGGGGUUUAUUCGUUCUGUGCCUGAUGGUAAGCGGCGCAAAAGUGGAGAGCCAUCCAAAAAUUCGACACAGGCCGACCGACGUCGAAGCUCCCAUGAGCAAUACUUGCUCGAUGAACCUCCUACGGGAUUUCCUAAAUCGCCAACAAGUGGUUUUCAUGCAUCCAACAACCGUCCGUCAAGCUCGUCGUCCCGUCCACGAACGCCUACUAUGCAAUCUCUACGCCCGCAACCUGCUGGCUCGCCUCUUAACUUGCAUCAACCUGCUUAUUCUCAACGUUUCCCGCCUGACCGUGAGCCUCUCCCACUGACCUCUUCACGCGACAUGCCUUACGUCCGAGCCCUGCCUGAUGAUCCACGAUGGGCACCACGUCAGCGGUCAUCGUCUAACACAGCGCCCUAUCCUGUUGAGGGCUACAUGUACACCCAAACCUACAUGAUGGGGCCCGCUGAUCCACGAUUAAACUACCAAGGCCGCCAGUAUGCUACAGGCAUGCCGUACAACGUGUCUGCUUAUCCGCCGAUAUCUGAGGAGCCACAGCGCGGCCCUUCGACUCGUCCUGUCCGCCAAGAAUCCGCCGAGGAAGAAUCAAGUAGUGAGGCCGAGUCCGAGGAGAGUGACUACAACGAAGAUGAAGAUGAAGACGACGAGGAGCAGGGCUUGCAAGUGGAGGUCGUGGAGCAGCCACCGAUUCGUAACUACUCCACGCGGUCUACAGCCCCCCCUUCUGCACCCAACCGCUCACGUCGCCGGAAUGGCCGCUGA